AUGUCGAUAAAUAAUAAACACGAAAUAGAAAAUAAGGUAGCUGUUUUCUGUUGUGAUAACAGUAAUACAAAUUUCGGAGGGGUAAAAAUGCGAGGCACCAACGUCUAUUCCAGGCUGAAGGAAUAUAUCGGCAUUAACAUAAAAGUUGGCAAAAGCAAUGGUUGCAGCUCACACAUCGUUCACAAUACAAUCCAGCAUGCAGUUGAUGGUCUUCCUGCUGAAAUAGAGACUAUCGUUUUAAAAAUUGCAUCUUUGCUUAUUAUAAACGAUUUAGUUUGGGCAGAAGAAUCUGAGAGUGAAGAAGAAAGCGAAGAUAUAGAGGAAGACUCGAGUAGUGACCAGAGAGAAGACGACGAAGACGGUUCGCCUCAGAAAUUUAAUAAUCCUAAGGAAGAAACAGAAAAUUCCAAACCAGAGUCACACAAUCCAGAAAAACAAAUAGACAUCUUCUCUUAUCAUCCACCAGGUGUUUCUGCGGCAGUUCCACAUUUCCAUCCUAUUCAUAGUCCUAGAAGAGGUGAUGAUAGUUUCUCGUACCAUAAACUUAAUGGGCCUCUUAGUAAAAACGUUCAACAAUAUUUGGUACCCAACUCAAAUCAGUUACAGGCAGGUUCUCAAAGCAUAGAUUACAGGGGCCAGCCUGACUACUCUUUUGCGUAUGGAGUCCACGAUGGUUUAUCUAAAAAUUCCCAUACACAUAUGGAGUCAAGAGAUGGCAAUGAUCUACACGGAGAAUACCGAGUUCUACAGCCAGAUGGACUUGUUCGAAUCGUGCGGUAUGUCCAAGAUCCGAAAGAAGGGUUUAAAAUGACUGUUACCUAUUCUAAGUUAUAAUGUGUUGUUCAUUGUGUGCCAAAAACUGUGAGUCCUAUAGCGCCAUCGAAAAAAUCGUAAUUAAGUUGGUUGUGUAUUUUAUACUGGUGCCGUUAUACCUAAUGUACCUAGAGUAAUUAUGCCAAUGCAUUUCAGCUGUUUUGCAAAUCAAAAAUGUCAGUGUAAGAUUUAUGUUAUUAUUGUUGUCAAUAUAACAUAGGGCCGGUUGUUCGAACACUAAUCAAAAAUGGAAUCAACUGAUCAUUAUCAAAUAUUUAAUUACUGUCACCAACUGUCAAUGUCAACUUUGUUUGGGUUGCUGAAAACAUAAUUGAUUAUGAGAUAAAUCUCAAUUAAUCAGUUAUGUUAAUAAUUUUUGUUAAUUAAUAAUUAAUAAUUAAUUAAUCAAUCAAUUAAGUUAAUUACCAUAAUGAUAAUGAACAUAAUUAAUGACAAUCAACUGAUUGGCGUACGAACAACAGAUUUUGUUAUUUGAUGUUUGUUAAGGGGACUUGAUUAUAAUCAACUUCUUGAUUAGCGUUCGAACAACCGGCUCUUAGGCCCGGUUGUUCAGUUUUCAGGUUUGUGUCUCCUGUGUCUCCUCGUCUCAAUUCAAACUCGCUACUCGGAGUUUUUUGGUUUCGCUAAACACUAAUAUCACGCGAUGGAAUCCGAGUCACCUGGUGCCAAGUGGUGCCCAGUGUGUACCCCAUCCCCUGAAGUUUUAUGGAAAUUUGAUACAAACUUGUUACUCGGUGAGGCUUUUGAGGUCGUUGAACACUAAUAUCGUAUCGGAGAUUGUCUCCGAUGCACCUGGUGCCCAUAAUGGGUCUCAUUUGGAGUUUUAUGGAAAUGCGAUAUAGAAUCGGUGCAGUUAUUACUCGUGGGUUUUGGGGACGCUGACCAUGAAUGCCACGACGGCGAUGGCCUACGACGGACCUAGUGCCCAGGAUUGGCCUCUUUUUCUGAAGUUUUGUGAAAGUUAGUUACAAAUGCUGUGGGCAAAGUCGUAAAUCGGAAAUUUUUGGGAUCGAUAAUCACAAAAUCAUGAGGGUGAUGGUCUCCGACGCACUUGAUGACCCAGGAUGAACUUGUCUCCUGGAGUUUUUUGUAGAAAUUCGAUAUAAAAUCUGUGCAAACUCAUUACUCGGAGGUUUUUGGAAUCUCUGAAUACGAAUAUUAUGUCGUCCAUGAUCUCUGAGAUACCUCGUGCCCAAGACAGGACUUUUCUAUAGUAGUUUUAUGGAAAUUCGAUGUGAAAUCCGUUAGUCGUGCUCAUAAGGUGCAUCGCGAACCAUCGCCAGUACAAUAUUUGUGUUUAUCGAUCCCAAAAUGCUCCGAGUAAGGAGUUUGCACUAAUUUUGUAUCGAAUUUUCUUCGAAUAUUCCUAACAAUGUUUCUCCAUUGGUCACUAUCUUCAGCUGCUCUAAGAGCUUCGCAGAAUGAGUUUCCAGCUGAAUUCUUUAUUUGGUCGGACCAUCUAGUUGGUGAUCGUCCCUUGAUCUUCUCCCCGGAACGGUUCCAGAAACAAUUAAUCUCUCCAAACUGUCGUCACCUCUGCGAACCACGUGACCAAAGAAUUGCAGAAUUCGUUGCAGACAUAUUGUGGACAGCCUUUUUUAAUCUUGAGUUGGUUUAGAAUGGAAAUGUGUGUCCUAUGAGCUGUCUAAGGUAUGCGCAGCAUUCUUCUCCAGCACCACAUCUCAAAGGCAUCAAUUUUUUGGCACUCGCAUGCGCGAAGAGUCCAAGUCUGUGCUCCGUAUAGAAAUAUUGAGAAUACAAGGGCAUUCACCAAUCUCAUCUUGAUAUUUUGAGAGAUAAAUCUGUCUUUCUAAACUUUAGUUAGGCGACUCAUCACAUUUUUUGCCAUGCCAAUACGUCUCCAAACUUCUGCUUUACAGUUACGAUCAUUAGUUAUACUAGACCCGAGAUAGACAAAGGUGUUUACUAUCUGGUAUUCUUGUAACAUGUUAGUCAGUUGAAUAGUGUCGAAUCUGUUGACCACCAUUGUUUUUAUCUUAGCUUUAUUGAUUUUUAGACCAACUUUAUUGCUUUCGUACUCAACUCUUCGCAGGACAUCAAACAUUUCUUGCUCAUUUGCUGCUAUAAGUGUAGUGUCAUCAGCAAAUCUUAAAUUGGAGAUUUUCCUACCAGCUACUGUUACUCCACCGGCCCAUCCUUCUAAAACCAUCCUCAUGACAUGUUCACCAUAAAUGUUAAAUAAGUCAGGAGGUGACAACACGCAUCCUUGUCUAACACCUCUCUCGGUCUUGAAUUGGUUUGAGAACUUAUGAUCUAGUCGUACUGUCGCUAUAUUGGACUGGUAUAGAUUUUUAAUAAGUGUCACCAGGUGCAUUGGUGCGCCCAUUUAUAUUAAAAUUAACCACAAAUUCAAUCAAUGGGGACCAUCGCCAUCAUAAUAUUCGUAAUCGUUGACACAAAAAACCCACGAACAAUGAGUUUGCAUUGAUUUUAUAUCAGAAUUCCAUAAAACUCCAGAAGGAGAGGACAAUCCUGAGCACCAGGUGCCUCGUAGAACAUCGUCGAUGUGAUAUUAGUGUUCAGCGACCCCAAAAACCCCGAGUAACGAGUUUGCAUUAACUUUGUAUCCAAUUUCUAUAAAAUUUUAGGGGACGAGGUCCAUGUUGGGUACCAGGUGUUUAGGAAACCAUUGCCGUCAUGAUAUUUGUGUUUAACAAGUCCAAAAACCCCCGGGUAGAAAAAUUGAAGUCAUUUUAUUUUCAUCACUAAAAUUUAUCAUUUUCAUCAUUUCGAAAUGUGUUUUAGAAAAUGCAUUUUCUUGUUCAAUAAUGCAAUUUUCAUUUCGUCAUCAUGAGAUACUUUAGUUCACACAGUUUCCGAAAGAUCUUACGAAUCGAAUGCAACAAGUUUUAUAGAGAUGCACUCAACUGCAACAAUUUGGUAGGUUUUGGGUUUCUUACUGCUUCAUUGCCUUGACUAAUUACGCAGGGUGAUAUUUCACAAAAGAAGGUGUAGUCCAAGUAAUGAAGCUUAAAAUAGGAUAAAACCUCGCAAUUUUUACAGAAUGGAUCGAUUUGCUUGAAAAUUUGAGAAUAAGUAGUGGAUAGUCCAAGGAUCAAAAUCUAUAUGAGGUCGAAAGACUCUUUUACCAUGGGGGUGGUUGCCACCCCAUCUCGGGUGUGGAAAUUUUUUAUUUUAUUUUGACCGCAAAAUUUGGUAAACACAUUCAUUCCAAGCAAAAAAACGUUCUUUACAUUUUUUUGAUAAAAGUAAUAGUUUUCGAUUUAUUCGCUAUCGAAAGUGUUGGUUUAAAUCGAAAAAAUCAUUGUUUUUAAUCAGUUUUCUGCUAAUAACUCAAAAAGUUUUCGUUCUAUCAAAACAAGUUUGCUUAACAAAAAUGUACCUUUUGAAAAAAUAAACAAAACUGUUUUUUAUAAUUUGCUUUAGGAGCAAUAAUAAUCGAGCUAUACUUUAUUAUACGUUAGCUCUUCUUCGUAAAAUGCUAAAUAUUGUAGUUUCAAAGUAAAAACAUGGAAAAACUAUGCAUUUUUCGAGGAUAACUUGUUCAAGCUAAUUUAAAGUAUUUAAAAUAUCUAUCUCCAGAAAUAAAUAAAUAGUCCCUAGCUCAAAAAAAAGUGAUCGGAAACUUCCCCCUACCCUCCACUCUAAUUAAAAUUGGUCAUUAACCUUAUUUGGUCUUCUUAAUUUAUGUAUUAUUAAUAGGUUCUAGAAGUUUGACCGGCUUAAAAUGAUUAGUUUAAAAAAACGGAGUUAAAAGCCAAUCACGAAUAUUUGUAUUUUGGUAAAAAUGCCCUUUUCUUCAGAAUAGAAAGAUUCGCAUCAGAGUUACGAAAAAAAAUUUUUCUAUGGCAAAAAUUGAGUGGGUCCCUUAUAGGUCCUGUAAAAACCUAGAAAAUUCUUUUUUAACAAACUUUCUAGUAUAAAAACUAAAAAAUUACGGUUAAAAAUCAAUAUAUUUUUUUGAAAAAAAAGAGAUAUCCAAUUGGAAGCAUAAUAAUGUAAGUUAGCGGUGUUCUUAGUCAUCGGCCUUAUUCAUUCUUCUUUAUUACGUAUUAUUAUUAGAUUCCAGUAUUUUGACUGGCUUAUAAUGAUUAGUUUAAAAAUAAUGGAGUUAAAAGCGUAUAACGAUUUUUUUUAGUUUGGUACAAAAUGCCCUUUUCUUCAGAAUAGAAAGAUUAGCAUCAGAGAUACCAAAAAAUAUUUAAAUAAAAAAUUGUAGCUUAUUUAAUUCCCAAGAACUUGGAUUACAAAACUUUUUUAUACGGCAAAAAUUGAGUGAAUAGUAAAUGAGUAUAAUACCGAAAAACUUUGAUUUUUUCGAUAUAAAACUUUCGAUAGCGAAUAAAUCGAAAACUAUUAAUUUCGUAAAAAAAAAUGUAUAGAACAUUUUUUGCUUAAAAUGAAUGUUAUUAUCAACUUUUGCAGUCAAAAUAUAAUAAAAAAUUUCCACCCUCUAGAUGGGGUGGCAACCAUUAUAUAGAUUUUGAUCCUUGGACUAUCCACUACUUAUUCUCAAAUUUUCAAGCAAACUGAUCCAUUCUGUAAAAAUUGCGAGGUGAAAAGCUUCGAUUCCUGGACUACUGGCCAAAACGAAAAUUUCAAAAACUAGCAUUACGAGCCGAUUUGUUUUCCUAAAGCAGUUAGAACAGGACUUUUCAACGCUUCUUAUUUGUUUCGAGCUUUCGUCCUAUGUCGUAUAUUAAUAUUAUACACGGAUUAUACGACAUAUGACAGAAGUUCGAAACAAAUGAGAAGCGUUAAAAAUUACUAUUUAUAUGAAAUACCAUUAUGUGCGUUGUUCAUAGGGCUUUUCAACGCUUCUCAUUUGUUUCGAGCUUCAGUCAUAAGUCGUAUAAUUCGUGUAUAAUAUUAAUAUACGACAUAUGACUAGUGUGACCAACUCCAAUUCAGUCGAAUCCGGGACAAGGCUGAAAAAAAUACCUGAAAUCCGGGACUUUUCAUUGAAAAUCGGGCCAUUUUUUUUCAGAAGACGAUAAUUAAAAUACAGGAACGAAAAAAAGUCCACCGUUUUAGUUUUCGUAGAACUAUAAUACCACAUAAAAUGCAUGCGUUUUGGAUGUGGUAUUAGUAUUACACUCGAGAAAUUGUCCACUUUUUUUCGUCCCGCCAAUUCAAUUUGAUGUGAAUUCUUAUGAGAAUGUAUCCAAAAUAUCAAAAUAAAAUGUUACCAAAACUUUGAAAAUUCGGAUGGCCCGGAAGCCUUGUCCGGGACGCCGGGACACGACUUCGUAAUUCGGGCCAUGUCCCGGAUUUUUCGGGCUAGUUGGUCACACUACAUAUGACAGAAGCUCGAAACAAAUGAGAAGCGUUGAAAAACCCUAUAAACAGAUUUUGUUCAACUUUUUUUUAAUUAUAAACAGUAAGUUAUGUUGUGUGCCUGGUGCCUGUCAGUCUAAACAAGUAGGUAACUCAAAUCUUAGCUCGCGUUAAUUUUACUACACACAGUAGGACUCUAAUUAGGUUUUUUUCGAUUGCUCUAUAUAAAUUUUAUUUUGACUCUAUAAUGUAGCUACAAUAUACUUGUAAAUAGGGAUUAAACUGUUGUAGUUAUAAAUAAUAAACGAAUGUGAUGUUAUAUUA